AUGUCCAGAUACACCUAUCCGCAGCAACUGCGCCCCCUCCCUAACCAAGGACACAUCCCCAGAGCACUUCCCAUCCAAAAGCCCAACCCCAACCAGGUCCAGCGACCAGCUAACAGGAAGUCGUACUUCCAGAUCAUCCCAGCCAUCGCCACCAGCAUCCUCAUCUCCAUCAUUACUCUAUCGACGGCGUCGCUACCGAUUAUAAUCAGGCCGUUUGCCCUCAUCACCAGAUGCAUCAGCAGUUCGGGAGCAUCGAUUCUUUCUACUUUCCGACGACUCUGGGAGAGCGUCUCCAAGCCUAGGUCGAACUCAGUGGCACAGGAGACCCAGGCGGUUCCCCCACCGACAUCCCAUCCCCAGCAGCAGUCGAACGAUGCAUCCCACUCUCCCAUCGACACUCCAGACCCAACCCAGAGACCUGCGUACCAAAAGAGUUCGAAGCCAAUACCCACCCUCCAAAAUCCCCCGUUCCGAUUCAAAUAUCCCGUCCGUCAACAUUUCAAACGUGUAGUGCCGCAAGCUCCGGCGUACGUCCCGCCACCACAGGCUCCGUCAUCACCAGUCAUGCCCAAAGGACGAGGCCAGGCGCUUCGUCGAGACAAGUCCCCGGUCACCGUCUUCCGAAACCCCAAUCUACCCGUGCGGAUGGAAAUAAUCGCCAGCCUCGAGGAAGACUACCAAUUUAACCAUCUCAGACCAGAAAUUGAAGGAGUCUCCGAUGCGAAUGGCAGGCUCAACAAACCUACAGGGAUCGAGCAGGGGAAUCAAGGUUCCAGGAAACAGAUCGUCGAGCAGAGAUACCUUUGGCAUGGUCCGGCUCAAGACCUCAAAAACGUCCUGGAGGAGCUUCCUCCUACAACCACAUCACUUGUCAUCAGAGACUGUGAGGUCGCCCUUGGCGACGUGUUUUGGAUCCUCGCUCGGUGUCCUCAUCUCGAGAUACUCCAUAUUCAGGAUAUCGUGAACAAAGCCCCGAUCCCCCACCUAUCGGAACCUCACGGAAGACCCGGAAGCUCUGUGCGCUCAUUGACUCUCACCUCCGAAGUCCCCCUCGAGCCUUUCUUUGAACGGCUGGCCCUUCAUCAACUCGAAACUCUUUCCCUGCGUUUGUUUGGAGACGGAAACGCGACCGAUUUCAAGUCAUUUCUACACCCCAACUCCCCGCUGGAGUACCUACGACUUCGCGGGCACUUCUCGGACGAAACGGAGGGUCUAAUCCGCCAGCUUUGCUCAGCACUACUCAAGGAGGUAACACCAGACAUAGGGCACCUCUGUCGCUCGACGCGGCUGCGGCGCCGCCAGCGUUGA